AAAAAGAAGAAGAAAAACAAGUUCAGACAGCACAGAGAAACGCCCAAAUUUGUAAAUGAAUUCUCGACUGACCAACCAAAGGGAAAGAUAUAUGACAAGAAGCCAUUUCGUAUAGAGCUGAAGGCUGGGAAGAAAUACGCUUGGUGUGCUUGUGGGCAUAGUCACACACAACCGCUGUGUGAUGGUACCCACAAGACACUAUGGGGGACAUCAGAAACUAAGAACAUGCCCAAAUGGGGUCCAGUUCGGUUUAGUGUGGAGGAGACAAAGGAGUACUGGCUAUGUAACUGUAAACAGACCAACAAUAAACCUUUCUGUGAUGGCACACACAAGCUCCCACACAUCCAGGCCACCAAGUAGGACAGGAUUUCUUGAGUUGUCAUGGUUACUCUGUGUAUUCACUGCAUUAGGAAAAGUAUAGCAUGCAUGUGUCUGUAACUGAUUUCGUGAUAUUGAAAAAUGAUACAAGUGUAGUUCAUAUCGAGUUAACAAGACGUAAGUUACUCAUGUUCUGGAGCUAUGGCUAUUGGGCAGAUGUGUUUGAAUUUUCCUUCAAUGACUGUGGUGUGGUGGUUAUGUCAAAGAUAUUGGUGAUUGAAAAUGUUAAGUUGUAAAACAUAACUGACAGUGACUGGAAGGUUGUGGUAUGUAUGUAGUCAGAUCAUAUAUAUUUACAUAUUAUUAAAGAACCUUGGUGUCUUACACGUAAAUGAACUGAGUGACCAAGAGACCCUUGUGAUAUGAUGUCAGCGUACACUUGAGGUCACUUGAUGUACUUGAUGUAAGAUACAUGCUCUCACAGAGAACACCUACAGCCUGGGACGUGGCACACACUUGUCAUGGUUACAUAAAUAUCUAAAUAUCUAUCUGGUAUUUCAGGUUUUGUUUCAGGGAAAUGAGUCUUGAAAUGAGAUAAUUGUGUGUGCUGUUGAUUCAGAUUAUAAUUGCAGUAUAAGGGGAUCUUGUUAGAAUGAGUGAUAUGUAAUGAAUAAAGCAUGUGUUGUUUAUGUCCUGAA